AUGGGGUUUUCCGACGUUUAUAAAUUCCUGAGUUCAAAUACUACAGAAAAACAACAAGACGAAAGUAUUGAUAAUGCAAGUCAAUUCACUUCAGGCUCCGAAAAGGAAGCAGGAUUAAUACAAACAGAUAAAAAUGUUAAGGAAAUCGGAAUAGUUUCGGCAUCUUUUCUUAUGUUGAAUAGAAUGUUGGGUGCUGGUGUCUUUUCCACAGGGUCGACUAUCUAUGCAUUAUCAGGAUCGGUGGGAACUUCUUUAAUGAUGUGGUUUGCAGGAACUGUUAUUGCGUUUACUGGUUUGUUGGUUUAUAUGGAAUUGGGAACAGCUUUACCAAGAAACGGAGGUGAAAAAAACUAUUUGGAAUAUAUGUUUCGAAAACCAAAAUUUUUGAUCACGGCAAUGUAUGCAGCGUAUGUUUUUUUCCUUGGAUGGGCUGCAGGUAAUUCGAUUGUUGUUGGUGAAUAUAUAUUGAAUGCUGCGGGCAAAGAACCUGGCCAAUGGAACUCAAGAGGCAUUGGUGUAGCGGUGAUUUCAUUUGCAUUUUUGAUUAAUGCCAUCAAUAUCAAAGCUGGAUUGUGGCUAGCUAAUGCAUUGGGGAUCUUCAAAAUCGUUAUUGUUUUGUUUAUUACAGUGACUGGUUGGGUUGCCUUGGGUGGCGGUAUCAAGACAAACAAUUUCCAACCAACGGGCAAUUUUAAUAAUGCCUUUUCUGGUGAAAGUCCAACUGGAUUUGGUAUUGUUAAUGCAUUGUAUAAUGUCAUUUGGUCCUAUGUUGGUUAUUCUAAUGCCAACUAUGCCCUUGGAGAAAUUAAAAAUCCUCAAAAAGUGUUAAAGGUUGCAGCACCAGUUGCAUUUAUUGGCCUUGGUAUCAUAUACAUGUUUGUCAAUAUUGCUUAUUUUGCAGUUGUUCCAAAGGAAGAAAUCGCUACUUCUGGUAGAAUUCUAGCUGCUUCCUUCUUCAAGUUUGCAUUUGGCGACAAAGCAGAGACUGCAGCUUCUGUAUUCGUUGCAUUAUCGGCCUGGGCUAAUGUUAUGUCGGUUAUUUUUUCACAAGGUAGAAUUAUUCAACAAUUGGGUCGUGAGGGCUCGUUACCUUUUUCAAGAUUUUUCGCAACUUCAAAACCCUUCAACACACCUUUUGUUGGAUUGAUGCAGCAUUGGAUUGUUUGUAUUGUUACCAUUUUGGCUCCUCCCCCUGGUGAUGCUUAUAACUUUAUCUUGAACUUGAUUUCGUAUCCUUUGAAUGUCGUUAAUACAGUCAUUGCCGGUGGCUUGAUUUGGAUCUAUUACAAAAAGGCAAAGGGGCAAACUGAGUGGAACCCACCCAUCAAAGCAAGUCUUCCCGUGGUUGUGUUUUUCUUUUUGGCAUCAUUGUACUUAAUCGUUGCUCCAUAUAUCCCACCAGUCAAAGGUCAAGAAGUUUAUAAAAGUAUGCCAUAUUGGAUACAUGCGGUUGUUACAUGGGGGAUUUUCGGUAUUGGUCUAAUAUAUUGGGUCUGUUGGGUACAAAUAUUGCCUCGUAUUGGAGGUUACCGUCUUGUAGCUAAAGAAGUGCUUGGAUCUGACGGAUUUUGGAGGAAUAAAAUCUAUAAAGUUUCAAGGGAUAGUAUAGAUGCAAAUAUAUCUGAAGAUGGAGAAACCGUUGAUUAA